AUGCGAAUGUUCUUCGUUGAUUUCCAUCAGGUCACGUUCUUCUCCUCUGUUCCUUUUAUGCAGCACCAAUACCACAACCAAACUGAAGCCAAUUUGGAGAAGAUGCAACGGCGGCUGGCUUAUAUUUUAAAUGAAAAGCUCGGAACUAUCCUAGAGGGAGUCCUCCUCAAGCUGGCUCGCUACGACUCCAACACCCUCCUAUCUUCGGUCCUAUCACUCACGAAACCAACUGAUGAGGUGGGCAAGGCGUAUGUCGAAUUUAUGCGAGUCAAUUUGGAGCAGCUGAGACAAAAGCUGUCUGACGAGGUCUACGUUCUGUCAACAAUGGAGGUAAAAGCCUUUCCCCCGAUGAUUUACUGCUUAUUUCCAAGAACAGUGUCCUUUUUACUCGGACCGCGGAUCAAUAGACAGGGCAAAGUACAAAGUUAUAUUUUUGUCAGUAAACUAGAGUAUUGA